AUGGCGCUUAUGUUGCUCUCUAUCAGAGUCUUCUUCAUUUCCAUCGGUGUGCUGUCUUUGGCUUUGUUUUUGAAAUUAUGUGUUCCAUUGGUGACGGAGUUCUCGGCUCGUCAGGCAUUGAUUUGGCUCCUCUCCUGGCUCAAGCCUCCGUAUCUCUACUUCAUCAUCAACGGAAUCAUCAUCAUCAUCGCCGCCUCCUCGCGUUUCCAUAAGAAUCGCGAGGAAGAUUAUCCUGAGCAAGUAUUUGUGCCGGCGAAGAUGUCGACUAAUCCGGUGCCAGAGUUCGGUUACUCUGAGCAGGUUUCAACGGUGAUUCGAUCUGAUUUCCACUUGACAUCGGCUGCGGAUGAUGAUUUCGUGUAUGAACAGAGCGAGGCGGAGGAAGAGAGUAGGACUUUUGAGGACAAGAGUAUUGUGGUGCUGAAUGGAUCUGCGGACGUUGAUGAGGAGGAAGCGCUUCCGAUCUCCAGGUCGGCGUGGGUCCUGCCUAAGAGGGGAGAUCAGCCUGAGAUUCCGGAAAUUCUUUUGCCGGCGGAGAAAAUUUCGGCUCCGUUCGGUCACCGGGAACCGGUUAAAGCCAUUCCUGAAGGUGGAAAAGCUUCGAAGGUCUCGAAACCGCAGCGCCACGAGACGCUCGAGAACACAUGGAAGGCGAUAACGGAUGGCCGUGCGAUGCUGUUAACUGGGCAUCUAGAGAAGUCAGACGCGUGGGAGAAUCAUGGCCGUCGCAGCAGCUUUGACGUGGAGGACCCACCUCUGGUGAAGAAAUCAGAGACGUUCACGGACAGGACCAAUUACGAGACGCCACCUGCGACAGAAUCUCCUGUGGAGCCGAGGAAAGAACCGUCUGUGAGUCAGGACGAGUUGAACAGGCGAGUCGAGGCGUUCAUAAAGAAAGUCAAUGAGGAGAUGAGGUUGCAGAGGGAAGAAUCCUUGAAUCAUCAUAAGGCAAUGGUUGACCGUUGAAGCUAUUGAUUGUGCUUCCCUUUUUAAAUGGAGUUAAUACUGAUGGGAUAGAUACUAGAUAGAGAGUAAGAGUAGAGUGUGAUACAGAUGGGGUUUUCAAUAUGUGAUGAUCAUAUAGGUGUAAAAUCGUGUGUAAAGAAUGAAACUUGAUGUUUGUUCUUUGAUUCAUAUUUUAAAGGAACAAGUACAGUACGGUAUAAUCGUAUUGUGUGGUGUAUUUAGUAGUGUUUCACCUUUUCUUCUUUUUAACCCCACUUUCGUCUCCUUUUCUUUUGCUUUCUUUUUCUUUUACAGGAUGAUAUAAACACUUAUUAUACCCUUUUUAACUGACCAGUCCUAGAUUCUCCCGUCUUCAUCAGUGGACAGUGGCCCCCAGUCCUGAACCAGAGAGGGAUACUGGAGAAGAGUGUAAAUUCCUUGGCUGAAAAGUUGGCCCCAUUGAGCCGAUUCAAGCAAUCUGUCUUUCAACUGUGGUCGUGAUCAACUGGAUCCUCUGCUUCAGCUUGGGCCUGGAUUGUAAUCCUAAGUCCUAACAAUUGUUUUCCGAUACUGGGCUUCAAAAUUUUUUGAGUCAAAACAUAGGGACCCCUAAGG